CUCAUUACACACUGAUAAUAUUUUCCGAAUGUGCACAGAAAGUUGAAAAAUGACGACGUCAUCACAUUCCUUACAGGCUAAUCUUUUCGCCUCAUCUUCAUCAUCCUCUUCUUCUUCUAAGUUUUGCUUUGUGAGAUCCGAUAAGAUAAACCAAAGGUCUUUCAGCUGCAAAAAGAAGGGUCAUUCUUAUUCUGCAUGGAUCAUCAAGUCAGUCAUGAACAACAAAGAAUCAAGCAUCAAUGGCGAUGAGGCAAUAGAGCCAGCAAGAAUUCUUCUCGAGAGACUCUUUGCCCAAACGCAAAAACUCGAAGAAAAGAUCGGUAAAGAUUUAAAUCUACCUCAAGAUAUUGAAUUAGAAUUGAACCUUGGAAGAUUGGAAUCAGAUCUUCAAACAGCCCUAACUGUUUUAAGGAGAAAAGAAGAAGAUUUAGAAGAUGCAGAAAAUAAAAUGCUAUCAGAGUAUCGUGAAUUAAACCAAGCCAAAGAGGAAUUGGGUAAACGGGAAGAUGUUAUUAAGUCCACUUUUUUGAAGCAGGAGAAACUCGAAAACGAGCUAAAACAAGCCAAUCUUGACUUAGCUUCUCAAGCAACCGAAAUAAGAAAUCUAAAACUUCAACUUGAAAAGCAAAAUAAAGAGAUAGCUGCUGCUCACACAGCACUUACAUUGAAAGAAAAUGAACUGAACAUCAUGAUCAACGAAUUAAAGAUGAAAUCAGAGGAAGCUGAGAAUACUGAAUCCGAGCUUAGGUCAAAGUCAAAGCUUUUGGUCGAAACAAGAGAAAUUUUGAAUAAACAAACGGCCGAGAUUCAAGAAUUGAGAAAAAACCUUCAGGAGAAGGAUGAAGAACUGCAAAUUUCUACGACACUUCUUGAAUUUGAAGAAAAGAAAGUUAAAGAAGUUGAAGCGAAUUUGGAGAAGCAGACUAUGGAUUGGCUUUUGGCAACCGAAGAAAUGAAGAAGUUAAAACAGGAAGCAACUAAACGUGGGAUUGAAGCAGAUGAUUCCUUUGAAGAAUUUACAAAAGUGAGAAUGCUACUUGCUGAUGUAAAGUCAGAGUUAGUAGCAUCACAGAAAUCGCUGGCUUUAUCUAGGAAAAGAAUGGAAGAUCAACAAGAGAUUCUAGAAAAAGAUCUUUCAGAAAUUAAAGAACAUCAGGAAAGCUUAAGUUUGUACACAAAAAGUCUAGUUAACGCAGAAGUAGAAGUCGAAAGUGAAAGAGUUAAGCUCAGACUUGCAGAGGCUCGGAAUCAAGAGCUUGAGCGGGAUUUAUCCAUGGACAAGGAACUAAUUAAGGAGUUAAAGAACCGCUUAAAAGAGGAAAAACUUUCUUUGCAGCAAGCUACUGAACAAAUGUCGGUUCUCAGAGACGAACUAGACCGGAGAAAGUCAGAAUACGGAUCAUUGCAAAAUGUUCUCGAGUCCAAAGAGUCUGAACUCGUGGAAGCAAAAUUACAGAUUCAACAUUUGAAAUCUGAGCACACAUUUCUUGAUCAUAUGCUGAAGGAGAAAGAAUCUGAACUAUAUGAUGCAAGGAAGAUGUUAGGCGAAGUGAAUCAAGAAAUCGUGAACCUGAAAACACUUUUGAGUAGUAGGGAAAACGAGCUUACUGAAACAACAUCUAUGCUAAAAGAGAAAGAGGAACAGGUCGAAAUGAUCCAACACAAUCUAAAUGAGACAAAUUUGAAGUAUUCUGAAGCCACAAGUGCUGUAGAGCGGAUUGUUGAGCUUAUAAACAAAAUAGUUAAUUCUAUUGAAGAAGGAAGCGACAUUUCAUCCAAAGAUAAACAACUUGUAACCGAACUAGAUGUGAUCAGGGAAACAUUAAGGUCACGGGAAAUGGAAGUUUUCCAAACCCAACGAGCUCUUAGAAUUAAAGAAAAGGAGCUUGAAAUGGUGCUAGAGCAGCUGAAUGAACAAGAAAAGGUGAUGAUGGCAAUGAAGCAAGAAUUGACACAAGAUGCUGAUAAUUUAAGGAAGCUUUAUGCUAUGGCGCAGGAGAGCAUUGGAGAGAAAAGUAUUGGUGAAAUGGCCGUUGAGAAACUGCAAUUAGAAGCUGCUCAACUUGAAGUUAAAGCUGCAACCAGUGCUCUUGAGAAAAUAACGGAGAUGAGUAAAGAGCUUUUGCGAACGACUAGUUUAGUUGUAGAGGCUGAUUAUGACCUGGAUAUUUCAACACAACACAUGCUUAAAAGUGAGGUACAUGUUAUUGAAGAUCAGUGUUUUACUGAGUUGAAAAAUGAAGUUUCACGGCUUUCAGAUUUCACAGAAAGGCUCAUUCAAGAGGCUGGAAUUUCUGGGGAUUCUGGUGUCACUUGCUAGUAAGCUUAGAUUUUUGUUGUAGAUAAAUAUGUGCUCUGUAACAAACGGUGCCUUGCUCUUGAUGCGCCAAGUGAUUUUGGUCGUUGGAUACAUGUACAUGGCGUGUAACUGGGGGUCGCAAUUUUGACCCGUCACUUAUAAGUGGGUCUAUUCAAGUUAUGUUUUAACUUUUAAGUUAUGUUCUCGGUUCUCUUAACACUUCAGAUUGGAAAGCGAAGGGGGGAACCCCAAGUGUAAUUUUAACCUAUAGUACCUCAAUCAUUUAGAAAGGUUAUACAGUUAAUUUAUGUAAUUUUUGUAA